CAGCACUACCUCUUUAGUGAUAGACUGGUACAGGGUGGGUGCAGUAGGAGGAAACAGGCAGGGAUAGCGAUUAAACAAGGCUGUGGGCAAAGAUAAAGUAGAGCAAUGUGUCAUAACAGACCGAGAGCAUCGUCUCACUGAAUUCCUGCAUUUCAGAAAGGGCUUGGCAGCUGUAACCAGAAAUCUCCCAACAGUCUCCGAAACUCCAGAUCGUCAAAAAGUGCUCAGUGUGGAAUUCUCUUCGGGAUGGUGUCGCCCCUGCUCUGCGUUGCCGUCUGGGUCACCUGUGUGGCUGGGACUGGGGAUUCCCCGACCACUGUGAAUGGAACACGGGGACAGUCGGUCUCCUUACAUCCUGGGAUCCCAGUCGGACCGGACGUUGUUGAGCUUGUGUGGAGACGGUUGUCACCCAGGAUGAAGAUAGUGACAUAUUCAAACAAGAUCAGUGACUAUUACGGAUCUGAGGAGUACAAGCGACGGAUAACUCUUCAUCCCGGGAACUUCGGUCUGGAAAUCCGUGAUCUACAGAAAAGUGACUCUGAUGUUUAUGAGGUGUCUGUUACAGCAAGUACAGGAGCACAGACUCAGAACAAAAUGCGACUGGAUGUGUACGAGCGGAUGGGGACCGUGACAAGACCUUGGGGACAGUGGGUCUCCCUACCUGCUGGGAUCACACGUGGGCUGGACGUUUCUCAGGUGGUGUGGAGAAGAGACGGAACCACAAUAGCAGAAUAUGCAAAUGGGAACAUUUUCUACUUCGGUCCUGAGGAGUACAAGCGACGGAUAACUCUUCAUCCCGGGAACUUCAGUCUGGAAAUCCGUGAUCUACAGAGAGAGGACACUGGUGAUUAUAAAGUGACUGUUACAUUAAGUAGAGGAGGACAGAUUCAGAUGGAAAUGCGACUGGAGGUGUACGAGUGGAUGGGGACCGUGACAAGACCUUGGGGACAGUGGGUCUCCCUACCUGCUGGGAUCACACGUGGGCUGGACGUUUCUCAGGUGGUGUGGAGAAGAGACGGAACCACAAUAGCAGAAUAUGCAAAUGGGAACAUUUUCUACUUCGGUCCUGAGGAGUACACGCGACGGAUAACUCUUCAUCCCGGGAACUUCAGUCUGGAAAUCCGUGAUCUACAGAGAGAGGACACUGGUGAUUAUAAAGUGACUGUUACAUUAAGUAGAGGAGGACAGAUUCAGAUGGAAAUGCGACUGGAGGUGUACGCUGGGACUGGGGAUUCCCCGACCACUGUGAAUGGAACACGGGGACAGUCGGUCUCCUUACAUCCUGGGAUCCCAGUCGGACUGGACGUUGUUGAGCUUGUGUGGAGACGGUUGUCACCCAGGAUGAAGAUAGUGACAUAUUCAAACAAGAUCAGUGACUAUUACGGAUCUGAGGAGUACAAGCGACGGAUAACUCUUCAUCCCGGGAGCUUCAGUCUGGAAAUCCGUGAUCUACGGAGAGAAGACACUGGUGAUUAUGAGAUCCUGCUGACAGAUCGUCACCCGCUGCUUGGAUCAUUCCUGUCCUUGUGAUACUCAUUCUGCCCCUUGUGUGUUGCUAUAUAUAUAGAAAGAGGGAGUAUCUUCACUCACACUGGGACAAACGUAUGGGAAAGAAAUCCGGUACAUCUGACGAGCCGGUGGUGGUGUUUUUGAACAGUCGACCUGGUGGAGAACACAGCUCAUAGACACCCUCUCCAUCGGAACAGUGUGUGCUAGAUCCUGGAGAACAGUGCCCACCCAUGGCACAGACGGAGAGCGUCGGAGCAUCCCACUGGAAUCACUGUCCCUGUUCCACAAUCCCGGUGAGGGGGGAGUUUCUUUAAACACCUGGGGGUUCUGCAGUGACCUGGAUCUGGUCAGUCUUCCAGACUGAGCUUUAUUACUGAACCCGUGCUGUGCUCUGUGUUACUGUGUUACUCCACUGAUCUUCCUGCAGCCUUUCCUGGGAUAUCCUCCCAGUUCUCGUGCCCCAUCUAACCGUUAACAUCCUGGAGGAUAGUUCCUGAAAUUGAAAUCAACCAAAGAGCCCCUGGGAAAUCCAGUGAGACCCCCACCCAGCAGUUCAGACUUGGUGAAGAGUCCUGGGGCCCCUCGCCCCACACCCCAGGGCUGGGGAAGGGUCUCGUAUUGCAAGUAGUUUAUUGAUGAUAUUUUGUUAUCACAGCCAAAGUGAACCAGUUCAGGUUUCACCAGAGAAACCACAGUCUGAGAGCCUGUCGAUGGGUGUUUCAGGCAGUGGGCACAUUACUCAGCUGUGCAGUGUCACACAUCGCGUGUCUCAGGCAGCGUCUGUGAAGUGAGACAAAGAGUUAAUGUUUCAGGUUCCACACCCUUUGACUGAAUCUCUCUCCACACACGCUGUCUCACCUGCCCAGGGCUUCCAUCGUUUCCAACUGUUGCUUCAGAUUUUCAGUCUCUGCUCGAAAUAUGUCAAUGUACAAUAACAUUAAAGAACCGUUCUAAACAAAAUUCUGCUGUUGGAUGUUCAUGAAGCUGUAAGGGGUUACAGAGUGUGGGAGGGGAAGAGUGUCACAAAGAUAGGGAGGGGCCCAGGGGCCAGAAUGUGUUACAA